AUGGGAGUGCACAACCAUCAGCCUGUCUACAUUGGUGUGCCAGUGCCCCGCGGUUACCGUCGCAAACGCAGGAGGAGACGUUCGUCCGUGUUGAGUCGUGAUGCAGAUGCCGAACGAAGACUUAGACACGACCAUCACAGACACGAACACUACGAUUGUGAUGACAGAGACCGCUACGAUCUGGAGGCGGGAGGUCUGGAUCAACCAGAGCACAAUCUGCCUUCAGACAUCAACAGAACCAUUUCCCCAGCAGCAGAGCGACUGCGCUACAUUUUGGGGGAUGAUGAGGAAACCAUGCCCACACCCACUCUCUUCACCGAGAUGGACACGCUGCAACACGAGGGUGACGAGCUGGAGUGGAGAGAAUCAGCUAGCACAUGGUUUGCCAAAUCUUCCAACAAACUGAAGAACAAGUUCAUGAAAAAAAUCCCCAGAGAUGCAGAGGCAUCAAAUGUUCUGGUGGGAGAAGUGGACUUCUUAGAAAAACCCUUUGUUGCCUUCGUUCGGCUGUCUCAGGCCACCACUCUUGGAGGUCUGACAGAAGUCCCAGUGCCCACCAGAUUCUUGUUUGUGCUACUUGGGCCUCUUGGCAAAGCCAAAUCUUACAAUGAGAUUGGACGGGCCAUUGCCACUCUCAUGGUGGAUGAUCUCUUCAGUGAUGUAGCAUAUAAAGCCAGAGACCGAGAGGAUCUGAUUGCUGGCAUUGAUGAGUUUCUGGAUGAGGUGAUUGUGCUUCCACCUGGAGAAUGGGACCCCAAAAUUCGCAUAGAACCCCCCAAAAAAAUUCCCUCAGCAGACACUAGGAAGUCUGUGUUUUCCCUCAAUGAGCUGGGUCAGAUGAAUGGGACAGCAGGUGGCAGAGGGCCUGUUAGCGAGGAUGAGGUUAUGCCUGCUCCACACGAGCUUGGCGAAGAGUUGGCGUAUACGGGGAGGUUCUGUGGCGGCCUUAUACUUGACAUCAAGAGGAAGCUCCCAUGGUACCCGAGCGACUUUUAUGAAGGCUUCCACAUUCAGUCCAUCUCUGCAGUGCUCUUCAUCUACCUGGGCUGCAUAACCAAUGCAAUCACCUUUGGGGGCCUUCUAGGGGAUGCCACAGACAAUUACCAGGGUGUGAUGGAGAGUUUUUUGGGCACCGCUUUAGCAGGAACGGUAUUCUGCUUGUUUAGCGGUCAACCCCUUAUUAUUCUCAGCUCAACGGGCCCCAUCCUCAUCUUUGAGAAACUGCUUUAUGAAUUCAGCAAAAAUAAUGGGAUUGAUUACAUGGAGCUUCGACUGUGGAUCGGAAUGCACUCCUGCGUACAGUGCAUUUUCCUGGUCGCAACGGAUGCCAGCUACAUCAUAAAGUACAUGACGCGCUUCACCGAGGAAGGCUUCUCUAGCCUCAUCUCCUUCAUCUUCAUCUCUGAUGCCAUCAAGAAGAUGGUGGGAGCCUUCAAAUACUAUCCCAUCAACAUCGACUUCAAACCAGACUACGUUACGGCCUACAAGUGCGAGUGUUUGGCGCCAGACCCGAUCCCAGUGCCAGAUAAUUCCUCUGCUCUCUUUGGUGUAAGUGCCUCAUGUCUUCACCUCACUCACAUCUGUGUUAGCAUGAGCUCAGAUUAGAUAACAGCUUUUGAAUCCACUGUAUUUGCACUAACUAUCACUGAUUUAA